UAUUGCAAUGAAUGGUUUGCAGCGAUGCUGAACUGGCCUAUUUCCCCUCAAGCAGUACCGUCGCCCAAUGUUUUCGUAUAAACUGUUUAUAAUCUGCUUCUCCGUAGAGUUAGCUUACGGGCAGAAAUUUAACAAUUCAUGCGAAUGCGGAGUAGCGGGCACAAACCGCCGCAUAGUGGGUGGCACCACAGCCCAGCCGCACCAGUACCCGUGGCUGGUGGCGCUCAUGCUGGGCUCCAAGCUCCACUGUGGCGGCGCCAUCAUCUCUGAUAUGCACAUCCUUACCGCCGGCCACUGCAUCACGUUUGGUGUUCACUAUCGAGAUCUCAAAGUGCACAUAGGCAUGCACGACCGCUUGGACAACACCUUCGAGAUUAGAAGAGUAAGCAAUGGCGUGAAACAUCCCAAAUUCACCUCGAACGCCGUUCGGGACAUCAACGACCUAGCUGUCCUCACUCUCGACAGGAGAGUAAAGUUUGACGACAAAGUUCGGCCUAUUUGUUUGCCGGAUGAAGACAUGGAAUUUCAAAAUCUACCCCUUACUGUUGCUGGUUGGGGCAAAAUAAGACAAGGGGCCUUAACUUCUUCGAGACACUUGUUGGAAACCAAAGUGAAGAUAGUGCCAGAAGAGAAAUGUAGGAAAACGCAAAUUUAUAAAGACAACCUUGUCAGCUCUACCAUGAUGUGCGCAUACGCGUAUGGAAAAGACGCUUGCCAGGGUGACAGUGGCGGGCCACUGUUUUCUACGCAUGAAAGUACCGAUAACAGAAAGUGGUAUCAUGUUGGAAUCGUGUCAUGGGGUAUUGAUUGUGCAAUGCCAGAUUACCCAGGUGUCUACACGGUUGUUUCGAAGUAUAUCGAUUGGAUCCACAAUGAAAGCAAAGACGGGCAAUAUUGUGUGUAAACGUUUUCUAGAUUGUGGAGUAAAGAAAAAGAGGGGAGGUCUAUGCCCAGCCGCGGAACACUAACUAGGC